AUGAAGCGCCGAUUGAUAUGGCUGGUGGCUGCCAGUCUAGCAUACGGCAGUCCUCAUGUCUUCAGCGUUACUGACGACUUGCUUGCAUAUCCUCAAUACGAAGUCAUUUUCUCUGAUACCUUCAUCUCAGACACAGAAGCAGAGUCGCGGGUAUUAGAAGCAGCUUCUCGAUCCUCCUCCACAGCGCAAACCACCUCCACCACCUCGGAAGAUGCGAACCCCGAACCCGCCGCCGAGCUGUCUCAAAGACUGUCAGAUCCUAACUCCCCAGAGCCAGACUCGGCUCGACCGUCCGAUACAUAUGAGCGUAUGAUGCUUCACAACAAACCCUACCUCUGCUCCAUACCGUCUGUUCCCCCUCCUUCCACGAAUUCCACCACCCAAGCCCGUGCAGCCUCCGAAGAGACUGCUGAGCUUGCGCGCGCCACUGAUCGCGGUUACGAUCUUCUGCGAUCUAUGUCUGGUAGCUGUCUCUACUUUAUCAGUGGUUGGUGGAGUUAUUCGUUUUGCUAUAAUACGCAUGUGAAACAAUUCCACCAACUACCGCCGGGGAAAGGAACACCGAUAUUUCCCCCCGUGGAAGAUCCUGCCACUGCGAGUUAUGUGCUGGGCAAGUUCGGAGAGGUCAGGAAUCGAUUUGAGGAUGUCGAUGGGGUCGAUGGUGGAAGGGAUGCUGGACUGCCCCCGCAGGAAGGGGAGGAGGGAAUGACGACCGAGAUCCAAGCCAAGGGGACGAGCUCCUCGAGAUAUCUGAGUCAGAAAUUAUCAGGAGGUACUACCUGCGAUCUAACGGGAUCUCCGCGACGAGUGGAGAUUCAAUUCCACUGCCAUCCACAGAGCGUAGACCGCAUUGGCUGGAUUAAAGAGGUGUCUACGUGUAGUUACUUGAUGGUCGUGUACACGCCGCGGCUGUGCAACGACGUGGCGUUCCUGCCGCCGAGGGAGGAGAAGGCGGAGGGCAUCGUCUGUCGCGAAGUGGUCAAGGAAGAAGAUGUCUCUGAGUGGGAACGGAGAAAGAGAGGGGAAGCGGAGCGAAGACUUGUCGGCGAAACCGCCGCAACCGCCGAAGGAGGCGGCAGACCCAUCGUCGGCGGCAUCGAAGUCGGCGGCAUGAAACUCGUCGGGCGCGAAGGCAACCGACUCGAAGCACCCCAGAACAUGCAACCGGGGAGUCACGGGCAUGGCAUGCAUGGCAAUAACAAAGACAAAAUGAAUGUCAUGGAGCUGAUAAGCCAGGAACCGAGAGAGAAAGGAGGCAAGGUUAAAAAACUGAGCGACAAGGAUUUGAAGAAACUGGGACUGGAUCCGAGUGUGGUGGAUGCGGCGAGGAGGGAGCUGGAGGAGAUGGCCGAGGGGAAAGGGUGGCGGUUGGAAGUCUUUGAGGUGGAUGGCGAGAGGGAGUUGAGAGGCGUGGUGGAUAGUGACGAGGAUGGAGAAGACAUGGAAGGCUAUGAGGAUGGCGAGGAUGGAGGGGAAUACGAGGGGGGAAGUCAAGAGGAGUAUAAAGAUGAAUUGUAA